UUGCACCGAGUACAGCGAUAUCAGUUUGCCGACAUUCGUCAUAAAGUAUUAAACUACAAAAACCAAUAAAACCAUAAAUCAAAAUGAAAUUCCUCAUUUGCUUGGCUCUUUUGUUCGCUGUUGCCCAGGCUAAUCCUGGUUUUGUAGCUCCUUUGACUUACUCCGCAGUGCCAACUGUUGCCACUUACGCUGCUGCUCCUUAUGCCGCCUACUCUGCCUAUGCCGCUCCAGCUGUGGCCACUUAUUCACACUAUGCAGCUCCAGCUGUCUACAGCGCUCCAGUUGCUCGUGUUGCUGCCGUUGCUCCAGCUUACCGAGUUGCCUCAGUCGCUCCAGUUGCAUAUGCAGCGCCUGUUGUGUCGACUCUCUUGAAGAAAUAA